AUGAUUCAUUCAACACAUAGUUCUAUUCCUUCCAAUAGAAAUGAACUAGGUUCUUUCCGACGAGUUAAUUCUCCUGGACUUCCAAAUUCUUCUUUAAGAACUAGUUUCAGAGGUGAUAAUAAAAAAUUAGAAAUUGGAUUAAUUACAGAUCGAAAACUUAAUUAAAGUCCUGACAUAAACAAAGUUAUUAGUCUAGAGAAAGUAAAGAUCUCUAAAAGAAAUGAUAGCAUUUUUGAAAUAUCAUAAUAAUAAUAAUAGUAGGCUUAACCAUUUUAAUUGAUUGAAUUUUUAAACAAAAAUUUCAAGAUGAUAGAUAAAAUAGAAUCAGAUAAAUUAUGUUUGAAUAUAUAUAUGUCUGAGGAAGAUUAAAAUUAAAUAAUAUUUACAGGGAUUAGUAAAGAGAAAAUGGCUUCUGAAUAAAAUAAAAAAGAAAUAUUAUAAAAUUUAUAACAACUAUUUAAAUCAGGAAUUGAUAAAUAAGAUUAAUAUAUCAAAUUAGAAUCUUUGGAAUAAUAAUUCAAUUUAGAUAAUCAUAAAUAUUAUGGAGUAAAUACUAAAAAGGUUUUCAAGUCAAAUAAAAGAAUUGCAACUUAAAUAAAUGAUAAUAUAUCUAUUUUUGAUAGAUCUUUAUCAAUUUCAAGUAUAAAAGAUUUUAAAUCUAAUUCAUCUAAUAAAAUAAAAAAAGACAUUAAAAUAAUAGAGUAGGGAAUUAUGAAAUACAAAAUGCAAUAGAAAACAAAGUCAAAAUAAAAGCAGCCUUUUGGUUAACAUAAUUGUACUAAUACACUCAAAUGUAAAAGCUCUUUAUGUAAAAGUCCUUUAUUAAGAGAUGCUGUUUCACCUUCUUGUAAAUCUUAAAGAAAAACUGAUGAAAGAAUAGCUAAUAAAGCUAAAAUUAAUACUAAAUCUAUGCAUGCAUGA